GAAAAGGGGGCUUUAUAGCAAGAACGUGCGCAAAAACUAAGUCAGAAAAAUAUAUUUAAACCCAGGAAAAUGCUUCAGUACGCAGAACACUACUUUUUUCUUGGUCGCAGGAACAGACGAGAUGCUCAUAGUCAUACAACAGUUGAGCCAUAUGUAAUAGUUGCCAUAAAGGGGACUUUGACAUUCAAUUUUUAUGCAUUGAGUUAAAAUUUGGAUAAACUGUACACUUAAAUCUAUGCUGAAACAAAGACAGUCGUAAAUAGCUUAAUGGCAAAGACUUACUUCCCAAACAGCUAUCUGCAGUCAAUGUUACAGAACAAUUAGAAUUAACAAUUGUCUGCCUUUGGAUUUUGACAUUCAUCUUAGUAAAGUAUGAGCAUAAUUUAACAUCAAAUCCCAAGGGUUUAUGCUAUAGUGUGCGCGUACAUGGUCAGAGUCAUUCAUAACAACUUAACAGUAUAACCGAUGUACGCGUCCGAUAAAAGUUUUGUAAAAAGAUACCAGGUUUGUCAAUGUUACGACAUAUUUUAAAAAUUGCGCGCAGUUUGAAAUGUUGGUCAGUAAAUUCUUAUUUUGUAACAGAACCGAAUUACAUUGGAAACAUAUUGAAAGAGAUGACAGAAAAUAAGAUGAUCAGAGAAGCGGCAGUACCAACCCAACCAAGGGAAAAAUGGAAGAAAAACAUCGACUUUGGAUUUUCUAUCGCUGGUGGUUUUGUGGGGCUUGGAAACGUUUGGAGAUUUCCAUAUUUAUGUUACAAAAAUGGUGGAGGUGCUUUUCUCAUCCCGUACAUUAUUUUCGUGGCUGUUGGUGCUCUGCCGGUAUUUUUUCUCGAAGUGACGCUGGGGCAAUACACUAACAAGGGAAGUUCUCUUGCCUAUGAAAUCGUGCCGUUAUUCAAAGGACUCAGCCUUGCUGUGAAUAUUAUCAAUUACUACUUUAACGUUUACUAUGCCGUGAUACUGGCUUGGGCUCUGCGAUAUUUCUUCGCAUCCAUGUCCGCUGAACUUCCAUGGUCCACAUGCGGGAAUUCGUGGAAUACUGAGCAAUGUUUUGCGUUUGGCCGAAACAAUUCAAAUUUCACUUUCGGGAACUUGAGCGGAAAAAUAUCCUCCGUCAGGGAAUACUGGGAGAGAGGGAUAUUAGGAAAAUCAGAAGGAAUAUCUGAUAUUGGGACACUACGUUGGGAAUUGGUUUUGUGUCUGAUACUUACGUGGGUGGUUCUUUACUUUUGUAUCUGGAAAGGAAUCGCUUGGACUAGCAAGGUCGUAUAUUUCACCGCCACAUUCCCACUUAUUAUGUUGCUUAUUCUUCUUAUAAGAGGCGUAACAUUACAAGGUGCUGGUCAUGGAAUUCUAUUUUAUUUAAGACCUGAUCUUGAACGGUUAAAGGACGCUCAAGUUUGGUUAGAUGCAGCUGCACAAGUAUUUUUCUCAUAUGCGCUAUGUAAAGGUAUGAUGAUUACAAUGGGAAGCUACAAUUCUUAUCGUUAUAACAGCUACAGGGACUGCAUUGUGCUGUCAGUUUUAAACAGCGGAAUUAGUUUCGUAUCCGGCUUCGCUAUAUUUUCAGUGCUCGGCUUCAUGGCUCAAGAACAGGGUAUUGAUAUCAAGCAUGUGGCCGAAUCUGGACCAGGUCUAGCAUUUAUCGCUUACCCAAAAGCACUGACACUAAUGCCGUUACCACAAUUCUGGGGGUGCUUGUUCUUCUUGAUGCUGUUUAUGUUAGGCAUGGAUAGUGAGUUUGUAGGUCUUGAAACUUUGAUGGCAGCGUUUGUGGAUUAUAGACCGCAUUGGUUCAAAAAAAGACACAGCAAAGAGAUUUUCUUGGCAUUUUUGUGCUUCACCCAAUUUCUAAUUGGUCUCUCAAUGGUUACCAACGGGGGUGUGUACGUACUUAACAUAUUUGAUAAUUACUCGUCCGCCGGUUGGUCUCUCUUGUUCUUGGCAGCAUGCCAAUGUGUUGCUGUGGCAUGGAUACAUGGUAUAAACAAGUAUUGGAACAUUGUUUGUGACAUGAUUGGUUUUAGACCAAGGGUUCCUUGGUUUAAAUGGUGCUGGACUCUAUUUACUCCACUUUCAAGCAUGGUUUUGUUUGUUACCAGCCUGGUCUAUUACAAGCCGCUAACGUAUGACAAGACCUAUGUAUAUCCUGCCUGGGCAGUUGUAGUGUGUUGGCUUAUAGCAAUGUCUUCUAUGAUAUGGAUUCCACUUUAUGCUGCUUAUCGAUAUUUUGUAGUGGCGAAGGGGACACUUUAUGAGCGUUGGGUAGAAGUUACAACCAGCGAAUUAAAAGAUAAGCAUCCGGGGAAGUACCUGAUGACGUAAUUUCUAAACCUCCUGGCGAUUUGUUCUAUGUCAAGCAAAACUCAAGUUACUACUUGCGUGUUUAUUCAUUUAGUUUGAACUUUUACACGGUAUUUACACACGUGAUUAUACAUGCAAUGCGAGUUAUUUGGAAUGCGUAGUUAAAACAGUUAGCGUGUUAA